UUUCUUAUGAAUUAACUUCUUUUCCUCUUUGUACAUCGAAACUUAACCUCCCUGCGAUCCUCUCUCUCUCUCCCUCCGCUGUCGUCCCUCUCUACCCUCCUCACUUUCGUCAUUGAACCACUGCUUGCUCCACUCCCCUCCCCCUGUGCUGUUUACCGCCUAAAUCCCCCAAAGGCCACUGCUCCGACAACGCCUAGUUCUCUAUCGUUGAGUCCGCAUUCCCCUCUUGUCAGAGCAGAUCACCCACGAUGGCAACCCCGGUAGUGGUUCCCGAAGACCAGAGUCGUCUCCUGGAGGAGGCAUUGGGGGUGGUGCGCCAACAGUCGGCUAUGAUGCGAAAAUGUCUAGAGACACCGGGGAAGUUAAUGGAUGCGCUCAAGUGCGGGUCUACACUUGUCUCUGAGCUGCGGACACCUAGCUUGGGGCCCAAGCAAUACUACGAAUUGUACAUGGCCGUCUUCGAUGCCCUUCGACACCUCUCCGUAUACCUGAAAGAGAACCACCCCGUCAAUCACUUGGCAGACCUGUACGAAUUGGUCCAAUAUGCAGGCAAUAUUAUCCCACGACUCUACCUUAUGAUCACCGUCGGAACCGUGUACAUGUCCGUGGAGGAUGCCCCGGUCAAGGAGAUUAUGAAGGAUAUGAUGGAGAUGAGCCGAGGCGUGCAGCACCCCAUUCGCGGAUUGUUCCUGCGAUACUAUCUGUCCGGCCAAGCGAGGGAUUAUCUCCCCACGGGGACCGGGGAUGGUCCUGAGGGUAACCUUCAGGAUUCGAUCAACUUCAUUCUGACCAAUUUCGUGGAAAUGAAUAAGCUUUGGGUGCGGCUUCAGCACCAGGGUCCCUCUCGGGAGCGGGAGAAGCGCAUGCAGGAGCGCCGGGAGCUGGAGUUGUUGGUUGGGAGCAACAUUGUGCGCCUGAGCCAAUUGGUGGAUCUGGAAACGUACAAGUCUGGUAUUCUGCAGGCGCUUCUGGAGCAGGUUGUUCAGUGCCGGGAUGUCUUGGCGCAGGAGUAUUUGCUUGAAGUCAUUACCAAGGUGUUUCCCGAUGAAUUCCACCUCCACACGCUUGACCUGUUGCUCUCAGCAAUUGCACGACUCAACCCACAUGUGGAUCUGAAGAAGAUUGUUAUCGGACUGAUGGAUCGCCUCUCAUCUUAUGCGGCCCGGGAAGCAGAGUCCUCUAUCGAUCUAGACACCAAAACACAGAAAGAAGAAGAAGCUGUCACGAAGCUCCUCGAAGACCUCAAAGUUUCCGACGAGCCCAAGGAUAAGAAGCCCGAGGAUGCUCCUACCUCAGCCCCUGCUAAGGAGAACGGCGUAGAGCAGACUUCGGAAGGGACAGAGGACUCGAAGCCUACAGAAGGGCCAGCACCAAAUGGUGCAAGUAAUAGUGGUAAGACUCGUGUCCCGGCAGAUGUCAAAUUGUACGACAUAUUCUACGAACAAGUCGUCAACCUUAUCAAGUCCCGAGGGCUCGCCAUUCAAGAUACCAUGGCGCUGCUGGUUUCACUCGUCAAUCUUGCGCUCAACACCUACCCAAACCAAUUGGAGUAUGUCGACCAGGUUCUCGAUUUCGCUACAAAACAGACCGCGGAGUACACCGACCACGCAGACUUGCACUCUGCACCAACCCAACAAAACCUCCUGCAUCUCCUCACUGCUCCUCUUCGCUCCUACGUUUCGAUUUUCACAGCGUUGGCUCUCCCACAUUAUCUCUCGCUUUUGGCUUCUCAGUCUUACCCUACUCGACGAUCUGUGGCAGGUGAGAUCGCUCGAAGUCUUCUUAAGAACCAAACCCUUGUCACAACCACAGAGAACCUGGACCGUGUCCUGCAAGCUCUCAAGGUUUUGAUUAAAGAGGGAACACAGCAAGGUGCAGGAUAUCCUGGCUUGCAGUCUCAACGACGAGGCGAAACGGAUGAGACUAUUGAGGAGCAAGGGUGGCUGGCAAGAAUCGUCCAUUUGAUACACGCCCCAGAAAACGACACUCAGCUCAAGCUCCUCCAAGCCAUUAGAAAAGCGUACCUAGAGGGCAAUGAGAGAAUCCGAUACACAAUCCCCGCCAUCAUCAGCUCUUCGAUCCGCCUCGCACGGAAACUUAAGUCCCGUGAGCACUAUGAUGACAACUGGCAAUCACAGUCGUCAGCACUCUACCGAUUUAUGCACCAGUGUGUCAACAACUUAUACCAGCGCGUCAACCCAGGUUGCGCCGAUCUAGCACUGCGACUAUUCGUCAUGUGCGGCGAGGUAGCAGAUCAGACCGGCUUCGAAGAAUUCAGUUACGAGUUCUUUGCGCAAGCCUUCACCAUCUAUGAGGACUCGAUUAGCGACUCUCGAGCUCAGUUCCAGGCCGUCUGCAUAAUCGCUGGGGCCUUGCACGGCACCCGAGGCUUCUCGAAGGAAAACUAUGACACUCUUAUCACCAAGGCCGCACUCCAUGGAAGCAAGCUCCUCAAGAAACCCGACCAAUGUCGAGCAGUAUACCUAGCCAGUCACUUGUGGUGGGUUGUCGAGAACCCACAACGAGGCGAAGAAGAUGCUAGCAACCUCUACCGCGAUGGCAAACGCGUUCUUGAAUGUCUUCAACGUGCUCUCCGUGUCGCAGAUGCCUGCAUGGACACCGCCGUCUCCGUAGAACUCUUCGUUGAGAUCCUGAACCGCUACGUCUACUACUUUGACCAGCAAAACGAAACCGUGACAAUAAAGUACCUCAACGGCCUCAUCGAGCUCAUCCACUCUAAUCUCCAAACAAAUCAGGAUGAGCCGAACCCUAGCCUUGAAGGGCCGAAGCGCCACUUCCAACGUACACUAGAGUAUAUCCGAUCCCGGGAAUUCGAAGGUGUAGUCACGGAUCCGAGACAGUGAGAGAGAGAGAGAGAGAGAGAGAGAGAGAGAGAGAGAGAGAGAGGGAAAGAGAGCGGAAUGAAGAAAAAGGAAGACGAAAGUAGGUAGAGAAGGAAAGUGUCGGGGAAGUGGAUGGAAACGAGUGUAUGAAUGACUCUUUUUUUUUUAUUUCCUUUUAUUUUUAUUUUUUAUCGUGUGUCAUGAUAUGUGAUUUUGCACUUUGCUGUUUUUGUUUAUUUAUCAAUCCCUUUCUCUUCGUCUUUGAGCAUGCUGAAUAGUUACGUGUAAGAUUCCCUUCUGUCAGUCAAGUUGACAUUGCUCCCUCUUUCUUGCUUCUGCUUUGAGACGUGUGUGGUGAUCCGGACAGGCUAUAUAUUAUUGGUGUAUCAUCAUCAUCAUCAUCAUCAUCAUCAUCAUUCUCUUAUUUAUUUCCCUGUUCCUGUCUACCUUAUAUCGAGUUUCACUGUCAUAAUAGAAUCAAUCUGAUUUACAG